GUCAACGACCCGAGCGCGGUUCAGAGAGGAGGAAGUCCGUGGUUGGGAAACAACGAAAAAUAAAAAAUAAACAUUGUCCAAAUUUCCGAAUAUGGAUUAUUUCACAGUGUGUUAGGUCUACGGAUUAAAUUUCAUCGACAGGAGUUAAACAUACCAUUGUACACAGGCGGAGUGGGAGUGAACCCGCCACUGAUUUCAAACGUUGCUUUCUCACCCCUCGCCUCAGUUAGCUAGCCUAGCUAGCUAGCGCGACUUGCUAACAAGGCAAGCGAGAAAGGAGAGGGGUGAAAGGGAAGAGGCAGACUGAAACAGUCCGGUCGGCGUUAACUGGAGUUUAAAACAUAAAAUAGUAUAGCUCCACUUAACUAAAAUAGAAUAACAAGUUCUGAGAGGCUUCCAUCGGCUGUUUCAGUUGGCUAGAAAAGUUGUUCGCCGCACACACAGCGCAGCACGGCCGAGGCCUACGGACCCUGCAUGUGCUGAACCGUCGGCGUGUAGCGUCAAUAUAAACAAUAAAAAUGUCGGCCCAAGCGCAGAUGAGAGCCAUGCUGGACCAGCUCAUGGGCACCGGACGCGAUGGAGACACGAUGCGCCAGAGGAUCAAAUUCACAGAUGAGAGAGUUUGUAAAAGCCAUCUACUAGAGUCCUGCCCUCACGAUAUAUUAUCAGGGACGCGUAUGGAUUUGGGGGAGUGUUUGAAGGUUCAUGACCUUGCUCUGAGGGCAGACUAUGAGAUCGCCUCCAAGCACCAGGAGUAUUUUUUUGAACUUGAUGCUGCAGAGCACCUGCAGUCAUUCAUUGCAGACUGUGAUCGGAGGACUGAACUUGCCAAGAAGCGAUUGGCUGAGACACAAGAAGAGAUCAGUGCAGAGGUCGCUGCGAAGGCGGAGCGGGUGCACGAACUGAACGAGGAAAUUGGAAAGCUGCUGGCACGGGCAGAGCAGCUGGGUGGAGAGGGCAAUGUGGAGGAGGCACAGCAGCUGCUGGAGAAGGUGGAGAAGACGCGCACCCUCAAAAAAGAGGCUGAGGAUAUAUACCGGAACUCUAUGCCAGCAUCCAGCUUCCAGCAGCAGAAGCUGAGGGUGUGUGAGGUCUGUUCCGCCUACCUCGGUCUCCAUGACAAUGACCGUCGCCUUGCCGACCACUUUGGCGGGAAGCUGCACCUAGGCUUCAUCGAGAUCAGGGAGAAGCUGGAGAAGCUGAGGAAAGCAGUGGUGGAGAAGCAGGAGCGGAUGCGCAUGAGGAGGAGGGAAGAGAGAGAGCGUGAGGAGGAGAGAGAGAGGGAGUGGGAGAUGGAGAGAGAAAGAGAGCGUGAACGCGAGAGAGAGAGAGAGAGGGAGCGUGAACGUGAGAGAGAAAGGGAAAGAGAGAGAGAUCGCAGAAGGUCCAGAUCUCGAAGUGGGGACAGAUACAGGGACGGAGGGAGCUCCUCAUCCCAUCGGUCGCGGCGGCACCAUUCAUCUCGGUCGCGGGACCACGAGCGUGAGAGGAAGCACAGACACAAGGAGCAUCACCGCUCUCGCUCACACUCGCACCGCCGGAAGAAGAAAAGGUGCAGCGUGGAAUCCACCCACCCAGAGUCCUCGCACAACAGAGAGCGGGAACACACUGUGUCGCAGGAGCAGUGGCGGGAGUAUGGCGGAGAUGACAGGUGGAGGGAUGAUGGACGACGGGUGGAGAUGGAGCGAGAGCUUGGGGGUAGAGAGUGUUCGCCCUCAACCCCAGAGAUGGCCAGACUAAGGGGCAGAGAGAGAUCUGUCUCACUGGAGCGAGAGAACCGCUCCAGCUCUGAGGAGAGGGAGUCGGGAGAGAUAUAGACAACAAGAGGGAGAGAAAACAGUCUGUAUUCUUUAACAUGGCUUCCUGUCUGUGUUCUUUGUUUGUGCGUCAUAGCUGAUCUGUCAGUGGCUGGAUGGGCUUAGUGCAGUCAGCUGUAUCCAAUUAAGUCUGAAUUUAUAUUAAAGACAUCAGAUAGGCAGGCAGACCCAAAUCCCCAUCCUUUCCCACAUACUUCAUACACAAGUCUAAUAUUUUCUUUCAAGAACAAACAUUGGAUAAGAGCUUUUUUUUUUUUUUUUAAUCACGUGUUUUCAGUUUACUUUUGGACCAUCCUCACAGCCUUGCAACCAUUUAAAGAAGGUGGAGGGUAUCAGCAGAGUACUCUCCAAAACCUAUCCAGUCUUGUUUUUGAUGUCUGAUCCAAUCUAACUAUUCUUUUUCACUUUAACACAGUGGCAUCCUUACGGAUCAUUUAAGGCGGGUGAAGCCUGUGGGAUCUCACACUGGGAUCAGACUGAGCUGGAUCUGUGUAACAUUUUGCCCAUCCAGUGAGGUGUUGAUCAGUGGAAACGCGCUGAACAUGCGCGUUUGAAUGAGGGAACACAUUCGGUAAAGCUGUAGGUGCACUUGCGCAAACGGUUUUAACUGCACUAAAACGACAGUUGCGAAAAGGUCAUACAUGGAGAGAUGGAGAAAAUUCAUUGCGAACCGUAAGCCAACCAAAGGAAGUAGGGGAAGGAGACUUGGACCCUAACUCCGUGUCAAGUUUCUGCGCAGCUGAAGAGGUUGCGCCAGCGCUGCAGUUGCAGGUGUUCCUUCAGGAGCAGGGUCCCUCCACCCCUUCUCUGCGGUGGUUGUUGUUGGUUUUUUCUCUCAUCAACAAACGUUGAUGAAUAAUUAUUGUUGCUGCUUAUCGUGUUUUAUGGCUACCAUGAGCCUGGAUUCACGUUUUAGCAAGCUGACCGUAAUAAAUGAUUCAUUGUAAGGUGAUCUGGAUCAGACCCCGAAGUUGUCAGUAUUCGCUGGCGACGAAAACUAGCUGGCAACUCCGAGUGCUUCAGCUACUGUCCAGGGUAUGUCAAAGAAUACUAUGGUCUGACUUCAGACUGGAAGUGAAUAUGUAAAGGCCAUACUCCCAAAUUUUACCCCACUCAGUCUUAGGAAGAGACACAAUGUAUGUUGGCAAAACGGCGAGAUGCUGGCUAGUCAGCAAGCGCACAGACAGUUGUUGAAUCUUAUAGAAAUUGGAUGAAGGAUUUAUUUAUGUUUGCUUGUUAAUCACUUGAUCCAGUUUCAUAGUAAAAUUUGGUUUAGUUUGGAAGUUGUUUCGUGCAACGAAAAACAUGAGUAAAGAAUUUUUGCUACCUACAUAAAACUGAAGCAGCAAUUACCUGUGAAUGCAAAUAUGUUCUUUUCAGAGACGAUACCACUUUCUUUUACGCAUAUUUGUACGUUUGGUUACAUCGCAAACCCACCGUUUCUCUUAACGUGUGCAGAUUUUUUUCUUUUAUUUUGCUGUGUUAGAAGGUUGUCUAAAGAAGUCUGAUGUUUCCCGUCAAAUAUUAUAAAAUGUAAUAAAGGAGCCCGAAAAUCCCAUGCUAAAA